AUAUAGAUGCACGACGCGUCGUUUGAGAAGAGCAUCGUGUGGGUGAGAAAUAGGGGUUAGCAUUUUCUUCUUUGGUAGCUCGCCUCUCGUCCGCCUCUCUCUCACGACUCUCAGUCUUCGCAUCUCUUCAAGGUCCUGGAGUUAGGCAUGGCAGACGAACCCGGAACCAGCAGCAACGGCUUGACCGUCACGGAAUGUCAAGACAUGAUCCGUAGAAGCCUACGAACUCCCAUGGUGAAGUUUCUGCUGGAGCAUCUAGACAAAUCCGGGUGUGCCAUUGGAGACGGGUUCAUCAAGGCCGUCCGUUGCGAUCAGCAGAUUAGCGGAGGCUAUACCCCAGGGCAAGGUGUAAUCCUGUGUAGUAACCACAUGAGCAUGCAAGACGAUGUGAACCAAGUAGUGAUACAUGAGCUCAUUCAUGUCUUUGAUGAUUGUCGGGCAGCCAACUUGAACUGGGCCAACUGUGCUCAUCACGCUUGUAGCGAGAUUCGCGCUGGCCAUCUUAGUGGGGAUUGUCACUAUAAGCGGGAAUUCUUGCGGGGCUUUUUGAAGGUUCGAGGGCAUGAGCAAGAUUGCAUCAGACGAAGAGUUAUGAAAUCAGUUACUAAUAAUCCUUACUGCUCUGAAGCAGCCGCGAAGGAUGCAAUGGAAGCUGUGUGGGAUGUUUGUUACAAUGAUACACAACCAUUCGACAGAGCUCCUUGAAAUGCUAGCCUUUUAGGAGAAACAUUGGUAUUCUCCUUUUUUUUUUUUAAGGGAAUUCAUAUGUGCCACUACAACAUUCAUCUAUAGAUUGUCAUACAGACAGUAGAACAAUGAUUGUCAUUUGCUUGCCCUUACAUUUCAGAAGAAUAAGAAUUCCAUUGUUAUGUUUUGUACUUUUGUUUGAGUUGGGAUUGUCCUGCCGGAAAAUGGCAUGCUGGACCGGCCUACACUGCAGCCGCAGCUCCGACUGCUUAAUAUGAAGCAAUUAGUAACUGUGCCUGAGUUGCCCCAAGCUGUAUGUAUUGGGAAAGUGCGCCUUGUUUUUUGUUUUCCUACGUCAUUGGUGAUAAACGUACCGGGGGCAAUUCCUUUCACUUGUAACCAGUUUGUUCUAUUUCUUGUUUACAUGAAUGAGAAGCUGAUUUACUUCGAUGUG